GUUACAUUUGAGUCGACCUCUUAUAAAUGAUAGUGAGAUUUUUGGCAGAGAAAAAAUACCUUGAUAGGUGGCACCAUUCAAUUCCAGUGCCGCUUUCGCCACCCAAGGCAAAGAAAGGACUUGAAUUUUGAGCAACUCAACUCUCAAAGGCCUUCACCCCAGACAUACGAAUACCUCAAAAUGUCCUCCAGAAUACCCCAUCUCCUUGAGCCCUACCUCUCGCUUCCUCCAGAGGCCUCUCUAGUCCUCCUGACAAGCGUUCUAGGUGCAAGCACAAAUUGGCUCGUCCUGAGAUUUCUGCAUAGCGCUCUGAUCAACAACGAUGCUUCGUCUGAUCUUCCACCGGACGAGCAGACUAAGGUAGUUCUUGUGAGCUUCAUGAGAGAUUUCGCCUUUUGGAAAGAGAAUGCAAAAAGAUUGGUAGGUCGAGUCUCUUUUUUCUUCUUUUCCAAAGAUAUCUUGGCGGAGUCAUCCCCAUAUUGCUGUAAAGAGAAACGUCAAGCUAAGUAUUUAUUUAUUCCCUAGGGUCUCGAUCUCGAGAAACAUGCUGCAAAAAAGAGAUUUUCAUUCGUGGAUGGUUUGAGUGGACUUUUCCUACCAUCGCAGCAGAAGACAUCCGUAAAGACUGGAGAGCAAGUUCUUACAAACCCUGGUCUCUCAGCUGUAUCUAGCAUGAUACAAAAUUCCAUCAACAACUUGAAAGCUGCCGCUGGUUCAGGGGAAAAGAUCUUGUUGAUUAUUGACCAACCGGAUCUACUAUUAGCAGCUGUGGGCGAAAUUGGGCCUACGAAUCUGGGAGAUAUGCUACUGGGUUUACGAGAGGUAUGUUACAAUGCCAUUCAAUCAAUAAUGUCUACUGAACUUCAGUUAGGAGGCCCACGCCCUCGUUGUGACGCUCUCAGCUGACCAACCUUUGACCUUAACGCAACAAACAUGUUUAGAGACAGAUCACGCAGCCUUCUUGCUGAGCACGGCUCAUCAAGCUGACUUUACCAUGAAUUUGAGGUUGCUAGACAGUGGAACAGCUCGUGAUGUUAGUGGGGUGGUUCGAGUUAGUAUUGGGGAACAGGAGCUUGAAAAUGAUAAUUUGCAAAAGCGGAUUGAGGAACGCGAGUUGCUGUAUUUCGUGGGUGGAGAUGGAGGAGUCAAAGUAUUCGAAAGGGGACAAUAGAGGUAUUUUUGACGUUUAAUACCGGUAAGGAGAGCUUAUUGACACUUUCCGAACUCCAUGAGAAAUUCCAGGUAGCUACAUUCCCAACCAAAAUUGAAAGCAACCCAAAUCCCAC